AUGGCUAAUGAACAGGCUCCCGAGUCGAAUGUCGACGUGCUCAUCAUUGGCGCCGGCCCUGCGGGGCUGAUGGCUGCCGCCUGGAUGGCACAUUGCGGCGUGAAGGCCCGCAUCGUCGACAAGAGAAAUACCAAGAUCUUUUGCGGACAGGCCGAUGGUCUCCAAUGUCGCAGUUUGGAAAUCUUCGACUCUCUUGGCUUCGCGGACCGUGCGUGGAAAGAGGCCAACCACAUGAUUGAGAUUUGCAUGUGGAACCCCGGCAGUGACGGUGUAAUUCGCCGUAGUGACCGAAUUCCUGACACUAUCGUCGGCCUCUCUCGAUUCCAGCAAAUCGUUCUGCACCAGGGCCGUAUUGAGCGCUUCUUCCUCGAAAAUAUCAGGAAGUACUCCAAGGACACCAUUCAUGUUGAGCGCGGCGUCAUUCCCGAGUCUCUUGAGAUCGACCAGUCCAAGGUUGACGAUGACUCGGCCUAUCCAGUAACCGUUAAGCUCAGGCAACUUACGGAAGAGGAGGCAACCCCUCCUCAGGCAGCUAACGCCAGCAAGGUCCCUGAUGGUCUCUUCCGCAGCAAUCUUGUACAGAACGAUGAUGAGGAAGAUCUCAUCAAGAAGAGUCAAGACAGGGCUGGUGCGAGCGAGGUGGUCCACGCCAAGUACGUUAUCGGCUGCGACGGCGCUCGCAGCUGGACUCGGCGACAACUAGGCUUUGAGCUUGACGGUGAAGCGACCGAUUUCAUCUGGGGUGUAAUGGAUAUCAUUCCCAUCACUGACUUCCCUGACAUUCGCAUGCGCUGCGCUAUUCACUCUGCUGAGAAUGGUAGUUUGAUGGUGAUCCCCCGAGAGAACAGACUUGUUCGCCUCUACAUUCAGCUGAAGGAGGUCACUCCUGAUGCGUCUGGCAGAGCCGACCGUUCUAAGAUCACCCCCGAGCUCAUCUUCGGCGCCGCCCAGAAAAUUCUCGCUCCUUAUAAGAUCGAGUAUGAGUACUGUGAUUGGUGGACAGCUUACCAAAUCGGUCAGCGCGUUGGUACCAGCUUCGAUGCCAACAGCCGCGUCUUCCUUGCUGGCGAUGCGGUCCAUACCCACUCGCCAAAGGCUGGUCAGGGUAUGAACGUCUCCAUGCAGGACACUUACAACCUUGGUUGGAAGGUUGCCCUGGCCGCCAAAGGAAUUGCGAAGCGCAGUAUUCUGAGCACCUACCAGAGUGAACGUCGUCGCGUGGCACAGGACCUUAUUGAGUUCGACCAACGUUUCUCGCGGCUUUUCUCUGGUCGUCCUGCCAAGGAUGUCAUGGAUGCUGAGGGUGUCAGCAUGGAGGUCUUUAAGGAUGCUUUCCUCAAGGGCAACCUGUUCGCGUCUGGGUUGUCCGUGAACUAUGGCCCCAGUAAUCUGGUCAUUAAGGCUGGCGAUGCCCUUGAACACGGUGAUGGAAGCAAGGUUGUCACAUCAGCUGCUGCCACCAUUUCCGAAGAGGAAUUCAAGAAGAAGCAAGCACUUGCUACUGGGUUGCCAGUCGGCAUGCGAUUCAACAGCUUCAAGGUUCUCAACCAGGCUUGCGCGCGCCCGUGGCACUUCCAAGAGAGACUCAAGGCAGAUGGCCGCUUCCGUGUCGUCCUCUUUGCCGGCAACAUCUUGGAUGCGGGGCAGAAAGCUCGUGUCGAGAAGUUUGCUGCUGCACUUGACGCACCCGAGAACUUCCUUCAAAAGGCCACACCACCCGGCAACCCUAUUGACAGUGUCAUCGAAGUCCUUACAAUCCACUCCUCUAAACGCACUGAAACAGAGCUACUGAGGGAUUUCCCUGAUAUUCUACACCCAUACGACUCCCAUUUCGGCUGGGACUACAACAAGGUCUUUGUUGAUGAUGAGAGUUGCCAUGAGGGCUUUGGUGACGCAUACACGAACUACGGUGUUGACAAACAGAGAGGUUGUGUCGUAAUUGUUCGCCCGGACCAGUACGUUGCCUGGGUGGGUGAGCUUGAGGACUUCGACCAGCUGCAGAAAUACUUUGAGGGAUGUCUCGUUUUGAGACAAAAUGAUACCAAUGGUGCCAACGGAACAAACCAUUUGAAUGGUCAUGUGAACGGUGUGAACGGAGUAAACGGUAGUUCGUUGCCCGUUCGAUGA